UAAAUAGUUAUUGUAUAUUUUUUUUAUUCAAAAUAGAUAGGGGUUGGUACCCAAAAGUUUCUCACGUCACUUUCAACUGGUUCAGGAGCCCGGUCUCGACCUGGUCAUAGUAGCUGUUCCUAAAUGUCUUCUCGCAGAUCAAGUCGAAGAGUGGCUAGUGGUGGAGUUGCAUUAGAAAAUCGAGUCUCAGUACCACUGCUGCCAGAUCCUACAACAAAUUUAGAAUGGGAUGAGGUUAAACCACUUUCGGGAAAACCACACUAUGAACAUCUUCUUUCACGGUCAAAUCUCAGUCCCCGUUAUAAUAUGGGGCCAUCAAGUAACAUCCUGUCAGAACUUCCUUCUCAUGAAGUCCCUACCAUUCUCAUCUAUGGGGACAAGAGCUGGGACUUGGUGUAUAAUGGACAAAGCAAUAGGCAACAGAAGACUUUUGGUACCACAGGCUGGAAAAAGUUUGCUGUUGAUACUUGUUUGAAGGUUGGAGACGCAUGCAUAUUUGAGCUCAUUCAAAGCAGUGACAAGAAAAUCAUCUUUCAAGUUCAAAUUCUUAGAAGUGACAUCCCAUCCAAAUUUCUUGAGAAUGAAAAGCUCAGAGGUCAGAUUAGGGAAAUGCCAAUUGUCCUUAGCUAGUAUUCUAGCCAUCUAAUGCAUUUCAUUUUCCUUUUCAUUCUGAGUUGGUGCCGCAACUUGUUAGGAGUAGUAAAGUUAUGUGCUGCUAUGUUCCACUUCUAAGUACCAGUUGAAUUUUAUUAUUAAGAGAAACAUGUUAUCAUUAGUACUUCAUGGGCACUGAAUGCAAUUUUCUUGAUUUA